AUGAGACAAAUGUGCAGUUUUGUGGUCGAGGGAACGGGGCGGAUCGUGGCCACGGGAGAACUGGUGCAGGGCUUCAACACGCAGUUCCGGCAGCAAAUAGAAGCAGGAGAUUUGCUGCUGCUGCAGCACCCGCUGACUUUGCUGCAGGAGGAAGUGCUGGUGCAGCGUGUGGGGUCGGACCGCACGCUGUACAUACAGCCGAGCUUCUCGAAGGACUUCAUUUCCACCACGGAGUUCAAGAUCAAGAAGACCGCUGCUGCUGCUGCUGCUGCUGCUGCUGCUGCUGCUGCGGGGGGGGGGCGCAAGCGCAGCAGGAACGCGCAGGAGCCGCACGCCGAGGCGGACCCUGCUGCUGCUGCUGCUGCUGCUGCAACAGCAGAGAUGCAGCGCAAGAUUGAAAAGGCAAAACGAGUUGCUGCAGUCCGCGAAAAAAAAGGAAUGUGGGGCUACACUGUGAAGCAAAUCAAAACCAAGGGGCCCCUCACAGCAGAAGAGAAGCUGGACCUCAGGUGCAAACAAGGCAGAGACAAGUUCUGCUGGUAG